AUGGGAAACGAGCAGAGUCAAGAGUCUGCUCCUCCAACAGAGCAGGAAGAGCACAUUCCUGACGACCGAGAUCCCGUCGUCGACGAACCAACAGUCGUAGUCAACCGGACCGAAGUCAUGCCACCCUCGAGUGAAGCAACACAGCGGAGCAAGAAGAAAAAGAAGCGCAAGAAAGGACGGAAAUCAUCAGGCAGCUUUGUCGCCGUCAACCAGGCCCCGACCGAGGAUCUCUCUGAGGAAGUGAAGCUGUCGGCAGGGUAUCCCACGGGUGACAAUCGGCCUUUAAGGGAGCGGGAGCCAGAAACUUAUCACAUCUAUGCUACAUCCGAUGCAAGUGACGUGGAAGGAGCCGAUGAAAAUAUUCCCCCGGGAAGCUCAGAAUUUUUGGUCGCAGGUGCCGCAGCGCUUCCGGAAGAGGAAUCUGCGGACAUUCAAGAACUUUCCUUGGAGACCGAGGAUGCGACAGGUUCAAAGGCUAAUUCAAACGAAGGAGACCCUGAAAAUGAGGAUACCCCUCAAGCAGGAGAGAAAUCAACCGGGGCCCCCUCCGUGAUCAGCCCGAAUUAUUGGAUAUCAGAGCCCAAGCGCAACAGCACGGGUCGGUUCCUCUGCCCUUUCGCCGAGACUUACAAGUGCCAAGAGACUUUCAGUAAAAGUAAGGUUGCUGUUCGACAUGGCGGUAUCCAUACCUCGGAUUUCACUUGCUCGGUUUGCAACAAGAAGCUCAGCCGAAAAGAUACAUUGGAGAAGCAUAUAAACAAGCACACGGUGCUGGAAAUUGCCGCAGCCGAAGCUGACUCGCAGGCUAUUCCACAGCUAGAGUCGCAACAGCCGGAGAAUGUUCAGACCGAGGUUGCAGCACCCAGUCAAAACCAGGACAAGGAGCAUGAAGACGAGAGUUCUUCGGCACUCAGAACCCUUCAAGAUACCUCUCAGGGAAAAGGUCCUGUCCAGCAACCAAAACCUGACUCUCAGCUAGAGGUGCAAGAGGGAGACAAUGACCACAUUGAUGAAGCAGUUCAAGUGGGCAAUGCUCCAGAAGUUCACUCUGAACAACAGUCAUCCUCUCCAAGUGUUUUCGACGAAAUUGAAGAGACGAUCGUGAAAGAGACGCCGAUGCCCAAAGAGAAUGUGAAACGCAAGCGUGGCAUUGAACAGACCGCUGGGCAAAAUGCACCGAAAGCCAGAAAACGAAGAAAGGGAUCUCCGAAUUCUCCUCCCACUUCGGUCCAGUCCAGGGAGGAAGCGAUGAGGUCGGAUUCCGCAGAAGUGCCGACUACCAAGGAAAGACCACGCGCCCGACAAAUUACUGAUAAGAUUAUACCGAAGCUCCAGAAAAGUCGACAGGGCAAUAUUGAUGGUUGGGCUCAGAAGUACACGCCCGGUUCCGCGCUCAGACAUCCUGCUUUCAAUCCGAAAUCACCACGUGCGUCAGUUGGAACACAGGUUGAAAUGCGAAUUCCACGGACGAGUCUAGGAGGCCCUUCUAGGACGAGCAGACUUGCGGGAUCGCGCACGAAUUCUAGCGAUGGACAGCCUCAAUCCAACCCAUUAGAGUCUUUGCGACGUGAAAAGAAUCUUAAUGUGACUUAUUAUACGACUCCAAAGGAGAAAAAGCGGGUUGAUCCUGGGGUGGAUUACUCAACUCCGUUGAAAGAUGGCACGGGACAAAAGGAUCUCAAUCUCACAUCUGAGGACCAAGAUUCAGAACCGACGAACAUGGCCACGACUGUCGCGAAAAGGACAUUCCCCACCCUCCCACGACGGCAAAAUUCCCGCAAGGCAGGGGAAGAUUCUGGUUCAGAAUAUGAUUUACUGGCCGAUACUGACUCGGAGACCGAGAUGCGAAAUACCGUGAUGGGACAUACCGAGAAGACAGUUAAAAAGGCUGCGGGCCCGAAGUCCGUGGAAUGUAAAACGUGCCAUCGCAGAUUUGCCGAUUACGACAAGUUGAAUCAUCAUUUGAAGAAGCCAUCUGCCCAUACGAAUUUAUUCGGUUGCCAAAAUUGCUCCGAACAAUUCUGGGCGAUUGCUGUUCUCGCAAGACACGAGAAAGAAACCGGACAUGGCCGAGGCAAUGGCUUGCAAGGUCGCACGGGUGCAUUUAGCGAGAACGAAAUCAAGAAACUCAAGAAGUGGGAGGACAUGUUUUGUGAAGAACACGGCAUCAGCCAUCUACAAUUCAAGGAUAUGAUGACAGAUACUUUGAAGCGAGGAUCAGGAACGAGUUGGAAUUGGGCGUUUAUUACCAAAUCAGAGUUCCUGAAUGAGUAUGUCAACGUGCUUCCCGACCGGAACAAGCGGUCGAUGUUGAGAUAUCGCGAGCGAAACCUUCAGAAUCUCGAAGGCUCUAGAAAUUGGACAGCGGAAGACGACAAAGAACUGAUCCGACUACAAAGGGAGCUGGGUUCGAAAUGGUCGGAAAUUGCCCAGCGACUCAUGAGGACAGUGGAUUCAGUCAGUCAACGGUGGCGGCAUAAAUUACAGCACGGACCGACUGAGCAGGGCGAAUGGUCCAGGACCGAGGAAAUCAAAUUCGCGAAGGUAUUAGACCAAGUCCGAAAAGAAUCUGGUGUUAGUCCAGAAUCGGAAGAUUGGCGCAUUCCGUGGAAUAGGGUCAGCGAAAAAAUGAAGACCAGAUCUGCUCAGCAAUGUUCAAAUCACUGGCGUGCCCUUCACGGGGUGAAGAAACAAGGCAGAUGGGUCAAAGUUCGAGACCUCGAAAAGACUGCAGAAUCAACUCGAAUCUUGACGCCUUCAAAAUUGGAAGGCAGGCUGAAGGGAGUCGAUACGAGCUCCUACAAUCGGAGGGAACUUUCUGAGAAAUUCGUUCGCGAUGAUGACACAGAUUCUGAAGAUGAAGAGAAUAAUUUAGCUGACCGGGAAGAUGUUCCCCACGAAGACGAAGAUCAAAGUCUCGAAAAUGAAGGAGCCCGGGAUGAAGCCCCCGGUCGAACCGAUCACGACGAAAUGUCCUCGGAGGCAGAGCGAGAAGAGUCAACUCGUGAACCGGCAAAAUUGCCUCGAAAUCCACUUGCAAAGACGACUCCCGCCAAAACCCUUCGGUCAAGCCAGCUAUUCGCUCAGACUCAGGCCAAUAGUUCGGCUCUAAGGGCGUCCUACAAAAGAAAAAGUGAAGAUGAAAUAGAAGAUCGACCUUCGCCAAGUAUUGCCAUCCAGCGCCGGGCACUGUCAAUUUAUUCUCCUUUGCAAGAAAAAAAGAUCAGGGGAAGGGGUGACUUAGAUUUGGAUGAAGAGGAAGAUGAAGAUGAGGAGGACCAGAGAGCCCAAGACUCAGGAGAAGAAGCUGGUGAAGAAGAUGAUGACGAGGAAACAGCUAAAAAUGUGGGGACCGCAGAGACGACGACGUCAGAAGUUGAAGAGAAUACCUCUCUUGAAGACUCCGACGAUGAUGCCGAGGCUAGCAAUGACGACUCAGAAGAUCAUCUCGUCGAGAAUGAGACAGAAGAAUCGAACGUCUCCAGGGGCGAGAGGGAAAAUGAGGUUGUCGAGGAAAUUUCUUCAGAUGAAGAUGAUGAUCCUGGAACCGAAGACGACGAAGCCCAUGAAAUCGAUCUCGAUGACAGGACGAAGAAGGCCAAGUCGGUCAGAGGGCCGCGAAACGAUUUCAUGGAUAGCAUCAAUGAGUCGGCACGGCGGGUGUGGAGUAGCCAGCUUCAGGCUUCGAAGGAGAAGCCGAAGAAAUUUGCACGAUCCAACGGGGCAAAAUUACAGCAUUCGGACGAUGAUGACGAGGAUAAUGACAGUGAUACUAGCACGGAUGACGGGACUGAGACAACUACUGGGAAUGCAACUGAAAGCCAAGAUGAAAACGAGCACGAGGACACGAGCGGGGACGAAGAAAGCGAGUAA